AUGGCAGCCCAGGCACCAGCAGGUAGACUUUUGCGAGGACACAAUCCGGCAACACGCAAGAAGCCGUCCGGAGCCGUGGGGAAAAUCUCCAUUUCCUAUUUUGUUGCCAUUUGCUUUAUCGGCAUCCAUGCCGCUUUUUUCGCGGUAUUGAAUAAUCGUCCAGUUAAUACAACGAUCGGCCAGGGCCUCUCAACGGCUCUGGCCAAUAUACUAGCAAUUUUUGUUGAAGUCUCCCUGCUUGGAGGUCUCGGAUUGGCAUACAACCAGAUCUUGGCGAGGUUUCUUGGACAGAAGUCCUUCUACAGUCAGGACACUAAGCUCCAUACCCUUGCUUCCAGCCCAUGGAAUCUGUUUCGGCCCAGGGUACUAGCUCAUAUCCUACAUAUCAAGAGGCUGUGGCUUGUAGGAUUCCUUUGUGCUGGGAUUCCUUUUGCAGCUGUAUUUCCUCCUGGCGCCCUGACUGUCAAAUUCGAGAAUUCUGUGCCUUUGACUAUGAAUGCUGUACCAACAAUCAAUAUCAGCGAUUACGGAAAUGGCACUUACCAAGACUUCGUGGAGAAGUCGUUCUUUGAAAUGAAUGCCGACCUCAGUUAUAUGAACCAAUUGAGACCGAGUCUGAAUGCAUUGGCAGCUCAGGUGCUAUCGUCUGGCAGACCAGUCAAGAUUGACUCGCCUUGUGGUGCUUCGUGUGUUUACGACAUCUCUAUUGAGGGGCCUCUGUUCAACUGCCAGGAACUUAGUCGUCACGAUGUUCUGUCGGAUGGCUGUUCUGUCAUAUACAGAGCGGCAGAUGAAAAAGACAGCAGUCCUGAUGAACCAUACAGCCGUACUAAUAACUCUUUUAAGAUAAGCUGGUACACUGACCCGAGACCAGUGAAUUGCACAUCACUGAACUCCUCUCAGUCCAUCGAUGUGCAGAUUGAAAAUAAAAGGGAGGUCUGGUCGGAAAAGGCUUGGAUCCAAACACAAUUCUUCUAUUACUUCUUCUAUGGCGGUGGCAUUACGCCUCGUCUAGCCAACGACACCUUGAAAGCAAAUUUUACCAAUGCCCAGUCAUACGCCAUCAGCCGCGCUGCUGUGCAUGCUUUACAAGGCGAGGUAGAGAUGCACAGAGAUGGCCCCGGACUGGGGAGAAAAAGCGACGUUCUCGGUACACGUCCGUUGCUUGUGAGAGAUGCCAGCAGCGCAAGACCAGAUGCAGCGGCGAGCAACCAUGCAAUGGAUGUAGUAAAGCUUGCACGAGAUGCCUCUAUCCACGGGCAACGCGUUAUCGAUCUUCGCGUUGUGCAUCAGCGACAGCUGUUUCAAGCCGACCAUCAAAGCGAUAACUCGAGCGCAAAUCCUGGCUUAGUGGGCUUCGUCUCCAGAGAGUUGGACAGGCUGUUUGUGCAUGGAGGUGUUUCUCCGGAAGGAGCACUCGAAACUCUCGAUCACACCUUUUGGUGUCAAGUUCUAGAGGUCUAUGAAGAGGAAGUUGACAUGAUGUAUCCAUUUCUCGAAAUCAGCCAGUUGAGACAUGAGAUACUCGACAGAAAAACGUGGUCCGGUUUCGAUUACCCCCGCUCUAGCGGUUUCUAUGGCGACGUUGUUGGAGAUAUCGCCUUUCUUGUACUGGCGAUUGUCUCAAGUUUCGAAGCUUCCAAGGCUGUAGAAAUCGUGAGUCCUGUUGUCGAAAAGUCUUUCGUUUCAACCAUCCCCAAGAUACACCUACAAUCCCCUAACUUGGGUGACUUGACAUUGUUGGCUCUGAUUUGUAUUUUCUUCUUUCUUAAUGAUAGAGAAAAAGAAGCUUGGAGAUUGAUUGGCACCAUCAUGAGAUUGGUACAUGAGCAAAGCUCCCAAGAGGAAGAGGCCGCUCUUGAGAAAAUUUCGGACACAUUCUUCUGGUCUCUAUAUACCUUGGACCGAAGAUGGAGCUUUGGUACUGGUCUACCGUUUGCAGUUCAGGACGCAGAGAUCAACCGGCCGUCGUUGCCAACGGUAUGA